UACUAUGUGGAAAGGCACUGCUUGGUGUUGUUGAAAACAGUUGACAAAAUAUGGCGAAAUACUCUGGUUACCUCUGUCUACCCUUCAUCUUUUGGUUAUCAAACAUCAUAUGUUUACUCAGAGCAGUAUCAUCGCAAGCAGCUUUUCCUUUCAAAAAUGCUUCACUUUCUUGGGAGGAGCGACUGGAUGAUUUGGUUUCUCGUCUAGAGGUACCGGACAUUGUGCUUCAGUUGACCCGUGGUGGAGCUGGACCCAACGGCCCAGCUCCUGCCAUUGCACGGUUAGGUAUCAGUCCCUAUAACUGGAACACGGAGUGCAUUCAUGGGGACGGUGAGGCAGGAAAUGCAACAUCUUUCCCUCAGGCGUUGGGCCUGGCAGCCACAUUUGAUGUGAAUUUAAUUUAUGAAGUAGCCAAGGCGACUAGUGAGGAAGUCCGAGCCAAGUACAACAACUUAACACAGCAUGGUAUCUACCGUGAUCAUGGUGGGUUAAGUUGUUUCAGCCCUGUGGUCAACAUAAUGAGACAUCCUCUAUGGGGGCGUAAUCAGGAAACAUAUGGUGAGGAUCCAUUCUUAACUGGAGUAGCAGCCAAGGCAUUUAUUAAUGGACUACGUGGCACACAUGAGAGAAUACUACGCACUAGUGCUGGAUGUAAACACUUUGAUGUACACAGUGGGCCAGAAGAUAUCCCAUCCUCAAGAUUCACAUUCAAUGCUGUGGUAACAGAUGAGGAUCUUUAUAUGACAUAUCUUCCAGCAUUUCGUGAGUGUGUGAAGGCAGGAUCUUAUGGUAUCAUGUGUAGCUAUAAUAGUAUUAAUGGUGUCCCUUCAUGCGUUAACAAGAGGUUUCUCACUGACAUCCUCCGCACUGAGUUUGGAUUCCAAGGAUAUGUAGUCAGCGACCAGAAAGCAGUGGAGUAUGUCCUGACAAAGCACACAUACACACAGACUGCACUAGAGACCGCAGUAGCCGCAGUCAAAGCAGGAUGUAACCUGGAGUUAUGUUACUCAGCUCAUAAUGUGUAUACCAAUCUCACUAAGGCAUUACAGCUAGGCCUGGUGGCUGAGACGGAGCUCAGAGCCUUGGUCAGACCUCUGUUCUACACCAGACUGAGAUUGGGGGAGUUUGACCCACCUGCAAUGAAUCCUUAUGCUGGUUUCGAUGCUAAGGAUAUUGUGGAGUCUGAACCUCACAGGAAUGUAGCAAUUACGGCAGCUAUAAAGUCAUUUGUCUUGCUGAAGAAUAAGGGAGGUGUUCUACCAGUGGCCAAAAUCCAUACAUUAGCUGUAGUGGGUCCAUUUGCAGAUUCUCCCCAAGAAAUAAUGGGUAGUUAUAAACCUAUGACUGAUCCCAAGUUUAUAACAACUCCAAGGACUGGUCUGAAGAAUCUUGCUCAAGUAAACCAAUACGCUGCAGGAUGUAACAAUCCAAUAUGUGACACUUAUAACCAGUUGGAUGUAAUGAAGGCAGUGACUGGUGCAGAUUUGAUUGUAGUCUGUCUUGGUACAGGAGUAAGUGUUGAAAGUGAGGGUAAUGAUAGAAGAAGUAUGUCUCUACCUGGUCAUCAGCUUCAACUUCUUCAAGAUGCUGUCAAAUAUGCGUCAGGUAAGCCAGUUGUUCUCCUCCUCUUUAAUGCUGGGCCAUUAGACAUCCGAUGGGCUGAUGCUAACCCUGGGGUACCUGUUAUAAUAGAGUGUUUCUUCCCUGGACAGGCAACAGGUGUAGCACUCAGAGCUCUUCUUAGCAAUGAUGGAAGCACUACCCUAGCCAGCCCUGCAGGAAGAUUACCAUUCACAUGGCCUACUAGAAUGGAUCAGGUACCUCCCAUGACAGACUACAGUAUGGCUAAUCGCACCUACCGCUAUUCUUUAGAGAGCCCAUUGUACCCAUUUGGGUAUGGUCUAUCCUACACACAGUUCAAGUACAUUGAUUUGACCUUAACACCGGAGACUAUUGGUCCAUGUGAUGAUGUGUCAGUCAAUGUCACUUUGAUGAAUAUCGGCAAAUAUGAUGCUGAUGAGACGAUUGAAGUCUACAUACAGUGGCAUAACUCUUCAGUAGUCGUACCCAAGCUGCAGCUUGCUGCUUUUGCACGCAGGAAAACAAAUGUGAAGAGCCAAAUAACAGUUGAACUGACAAUUCCAGUCCGUGUAAGGGCAGUUUACCAAGAUAGCCUGGUACUAGAACCUGGCCUAUUCACUGUGUAUGCUGGCGGUCAACAACCGGGACAAAAGCGACAAGUUGGCUCGAAUGUGCUUAGUAAAUCAUUCAAAGUUGAAGGACCAGUCACUUCUUUUUCCAAGUGCACUUCAUGAAAAUGUUUUGGUAAAUAGGGGACUUUUGACCACAAGGUGGCAGCAGAGAUGCAAGGUUUAAGACACUGGACACUAUUGGUAAUUGUCAAAGACUAGUCUUCAC